AUGGCUACAGAACAAGCAUAUAUCAGUUUCUUUCGAGUAGUUAGAAAUAUGUUACCAUUGGACUAUGAUGGUCUUACAAUCAUCACUGAUUAUGAGCGUGGGCUGAUGAAUGCUGUACAAGAGGUGUUUCCAGAGAGUAGACUACAAUGUUGUUGGUUCCAUUUCUGCCAGUCAAUUGUGAGAUAUUGUCGGCGCAAGUAUAAUCUGGUAUUAGACCUCAUUAAAACCAAUCCUGUAGCUGCCCGUGUAUUGCGAAUGGUCUUAGCAUUGCCUCAUUUACCAGCCAACAGAGGAAAUGAAAGUUGCCCAAAUUUUUGUAUAAAUGAUGGUUUUAGGGCAAUUUUAGAUUUUGCACAUCAAAAUAUUGAAGUUUACCAACGCAUGGAAACAUUUUUAAUCGGAUACGUACAAAACUUUUGGUUGGUUCAAGUUGGACCUGAAUUAAUAACUGUAUUUGCCAGCGAAAUAAGAACAAAUAAUUACUUGGAAUCAUUCCACAAUCAAUUGCUCAGGUUUUUUGGGAUGCAUCCCAACAUCUGGGACUUUAUACAGAAACUGAGAAUUUUGGAAAACCAGUAUUAUGUGGAGAUGUUUCAAGUCAGAAAAAAUCUUACGAUCCGGGAUCAAACUUCCAGAGGGGAACGUGCUGUAAACACAGCGCUAAUAAGACGAGCAAUUGAACAGCUCAAUGAAAACAAUGACGUAUUGAGAUGUCUUAGAAGCAUGGGUCAAGCCAAUGCUGAUUACUUAAAACGCCAAAUCGGUCCACCUCCAUCACCAUAG